AUGGCUCCAUCAUCGAGAAAUGUGACAGCGCUGAAUCGAUCGCGUCACCGAGGAAAGCCACUUAUGGUGAUGAUGUAUAGAGGGAGACUUAAGGACCCUCCGCUUCUGCGAGCUGAAAGUACCUGGUGGUAUAGUUCUGAAAUUAAAGAAUUAGCACAAUUAGCUUUGUUACCGCAUGUGGAAUGGAGUUCUGCUAGGCACAUGAACACGAUAAACAAUGAUUGCAGCUUAUAUUUUACAUUGCACAAAAAAUCCACACAUACAACAUGUCAUACACAACGGUAUCAAAUUUACAACAAAUAA